CUUAGUGGCUGACUUUUCUGAUCUUUGGAUCUCCUCUCAUUGUUGCUCCAGAAAAAAGAGAGAACAAUAUUCUCAGCAUCUGCUCUUCACUAGAUCUACAAGAUCAUCUGAGGGAUUUGAUUGAAUCAAGAUGCUGCUGAUUAUUGAAACUCUUCUUCUCAUCUCAGCUGCUCUAGGACAGGAUCACAGAGCUGCUGUUGAAGGACAGCCAUUUCCACUGGAUAUGGCAAAUAAUUCAGUUGAUGAUCAAUAUAAGCGCUGCAGAGAGAACAUGACAGACCUGGUGAAGACAACAUUUAUGAAUCAUGAAAUGUCUACCAAUUCUAAUUUUGCAAAUGCUUGGAACCAUGCUAAAGCAGAUAAUUACACGCAACCAGGAGAUAACUUGACAAAGAAUCAUUUAAUCGCUAUUCAUGUGUACAGUAGCUCAGUUUUUGAGGUAUAUAAGGAGUUUAAGGAAGCUGAUCAUGAUGGCAAGGACAGCUACAAAACCAAAAAAUACAAAUGGUAUUCACUUCACUUUCUGUUAACAGAUGCGAUACAGAUUCUGAAGAAAACACAAAAGAAAUGCUAUUAUACUUAUCGUCGUACAAAGCUUACAUUUAUUCAGAAUUAUCAGAAUGGAAAAAUUCGUUUUGGCUCAUUUACUUCUUCCUCUAUUGAUCCUAACAAAACAAAGAUUUUUGGAAAUGUAUCUUGUUUUGAAAUCUACACUUGUGAAGGUGCUAAUAUUGCAAAAUAUUCCAAGCAUCCUCAUGAGAAAGAGGUGCUGAUUCCUCCGUAUGAGAUGUUUAAUGUCACUGCUGUUAGGACAAAAAGAGAUGAGAAAAAUCUCUGGUGUGACACUGUGUAUAUGUUGAACAGCACUGGAACAAGAAGUGACCUCAACUGUGCUCUAUUCAAGAAACCAACCAAGACCAAAAUGAAGUAAUGUGUUGUGCGCUGAACAAAAUGCUUAAAUUCAAAUGAUAAAAUCAUGUACAACAUUUCUAUAUAUAUAUAGAAUGUUUUUCUCACAGUUUUGUUCAAUAAUUCUUUGUUAGAAAACACAAUUUAUUUACAUAAUUUCAGCAUAAUGAAUUAAAGUUACUUUUAUGUGACCCAA